CCGACAGUGCGGGGAUCGAAACCAGGCAAGAACGUCCAACUGCAAGAGAAUGAAAUCAGAGGAUUGUGCUUGAAAUCCAGAGAAAUCUUUCUGAGUCAGCCUAUUCUGCUGGAACUUGAAGCUCCACUGAAAAUCUGCGGUGACAUCCACGGACAGUACUAUGACCUGCUCCGGCUCUUCGAGUACGGAGGUUUUCCACCGGAGAGCAAUUACCUGUUCCUCGGUGAUUACGUCGACAGAGGAAAGCAGUCCCUAGAAACCAUUUGUCUUCUACUGGCCUACAAAAUUAAAUACCCAGAGAAUUUUUUCCUCCUGAGAGGGAACCACGAGUGUGCCAGCAUCAACAGAAUUUAUGGGUUUUACGAUGAAUGUAAGAGAAGAUACAACAUUAAGCUGUGGAAAACCUUCACAGACUGUUUUAACUGUUUACCAAUUGCAGCUAUUGUGGAUGAGAAGAUAUUCUGCUGUCAUGGGGGUUUGUCCCCAGACCUGCAGUCCAUGGAGCAGAUCAGACGGAUCAUGCGUCCCACGGACGUUCCCGACCAGGGUCUGCUGUGCGACCUGCUGUGGUCGGACCCGGACAAGGAUGUCCUGGGCUGGGGUGAGAACGACAGGGGAGUGUCCUUCACCUUCGGUGCUGAAGUGGUUGCGAAGUUUCUCCAUAAACAUGACUUGGAUCUCAUAUGCAGAGCUCAUCAGGUGGUUGAAGAUGGAUACGAGUUUUUUGCAAAGAGGCAGUUGGUAACUCUGUUUUCGGCCCCAAAUUACUGUGGAGAAUUCGACAACGCGGGUGCCAUGAUGAGUGUGGAUGAAACACUAAUGUGCUCUUUCCAGAUCUUGAAGCCUGCAGAGAAGAAGAAGCCCAAUUCCAGCAGACCCGUGACACCUCCCAGGGGUAUGAUCACGAAACAAGCCAAGAAAUAGGCACUUUGCGCUGCCUCGUUGGGACUUGUAUCAUAGUCUGUACCCUCCAUUUUUAAACUGUCAUGUGUGCUGUUCAGCUUGCUCAGAAUAGGUGACGUGUUUGUGGUUUUCCUUCCAUUGGAUGAGAGGCGUUCGCUGGCUGCGGCGGCGAUGAGACGUUGGUCGCUCCC